AUGAUAUGCAUUUAUAUCAUCCAUAGGCUGCCACUGAAUUCAGACCGAAAUCGCAUACACGUUCGUAAGGAUCUCGUGUAUCUUGGGGCAAUUUCUUCCUGGCACACGGGCGGGCACACGAACCAAACAACUUCCAAAAUUCAAUCCCUCCUCAGCACUACGACUAGGUUUCUCACACAGAAUUGGCUGCGGACCGUGACUCAGUGUGUCAAGCACACCUCCCGCUCCGGUACCAUGUCGUUCAGGAAGAAGAAUGUCGUUCUUGGGUCAUCCGCAAGGGGUCCUCUAGGUGUGCAUAUGGCUCCAAAGCAGGAAGCUCUGCCACCGGUGGGGACUCGUUCAUCCCCCCUCGACGGCCGACCUACAAUUUCUACUGGAACGGCAUCUUUGGAUCAGCUUUUGGCAGGGCACGCAGGAUUACCACUUGGCUUCAGUAUUCUAAUAGAAGAAUCCGGGACGACAGACUUCUCGGGUGUACUUCUCAGAUACUAUGCCGCCGAGGGUCUCGUACAGGGCCAACAAAUACACGUGCUUGGCCCGACAGAUGCGUGGAGAGGUGAGCUUCCAGGACUUGGCAAAGUCAGUGGCUCAAGCACAAGAAAAUCGGCAUCAGUAUCAGACGAGAAGAUGAAAAUUGCAUGGAGAUAUGAGAGCCUUGGCAACAAUGCCGGCCCAAGGACGAACAACAAUGGGCCAGCAGGUACUACUGACGUUUUCUGUCACUCCUUUGACCUCGGAAAACGCCUGCAAGCUAGUGACAUCAAGGGCGUACUACACGCAACACCAUCCACUGCUGCCAUGAGCUGGCUUCAGCCCUCAGGACCUACCAGCUCUUCCCCAUUCGACACGUUUAUUAGCAACGUAUCGGCGAAGCUGAAGGCAUUGCCACCCGGUACGAUUCAUCGCAUUAUAGUACCGAGCCUUCUGUCGCCCGCACUUUACGGUUCCUCGUUCUGCCGGCCGGCGGAUGCCCUGCAGUUCUUACAUAAACUGAGAGCACUUUUGCGUCAGCACGAAGGGAGUCUGACAGCCAUGAUCUCGAUUUCAACUUCGUUGUUCCCGCGGUCGACAGGGUUUACAAGAUGGAUGGAGCUCCUGUGCGAUGGAGUGCUGGAGAUGCUGCCGCUGCCUAGGAAAGUGCACGUUGAGCCGAAUACUAAAUCGGAAGACGUCGUGCAAGGUAUGCUGAAGGUGCAUAGCCUACCUGUUUACCACGAGAGAGGAGGAGGUAUAGAGGGCCAGUCUUCACGGGAAAACCUUUCCUUUAGGAUGAGCAGCUCAAGUGGGCUCAUAGUCAAGCCUUACGUUCUGCCGCCUCUGUUGGACGAAGAGGGAGGGGGCCAAGGAGCCAAGGCCGAGGGGAAGAAGGGGAAAAAGCUUGAAUUCUGA